CCUUCUCUAUCACCUGUCGUUCCCUUUACGUUACAGCUAUGAUCUUUGAGAGAGAAAGCUAAACCCUCUCUCUAUAAGACAAACAAACCUCUGAAAAACCACCAAACCAACCUUUCUUAUUUUCCAAUCCUCCACUCUGCACUAGUAGACCGUUGCGAAGUCCCUUCAGACACGUCCCCUCCACCUCUCUUCUUCCCCCACACAAAAACAUAUACAACACAAAACCCAUCAGAGCAAGCUUUUGUAGCUGAUGAUAAUCAAAGCCUGACUGCAUGGAUUUGUCAGCGAAGUUUACAUUUUUACUCGUGGUAUUGGCUGUUCUUGAACAACAUGUUGUUUAUGGACGGUUUGUGGUGGAGACGGGUAGUAUUAAAGUUCUGUAUCCAAUGACUCUGAGGGGUAAGCAUGAUGGUGCUAUUGGAAACUUUGGUCUGCCGGACUAUGGAGGCUCCUUAGUGGGUACUGUGGUGUAUCCUGAGAAAGGGUCUACCGGGUGUGAAGCUUUUGAGGGUGAUAAGCCUUUCAAGUCUCAGAAGUCUCGCCCCAGUAUUGUUGUUCUUGAUCGUGGUGGUUGCUACUUUGCUUUGAAGGUGUGGAAUGCUCAAGAGGCAGGAGCUACAGCCGUUUUAGUGGCUGACAAUGUUGAAGAGCCUCUAAUUACAAUGGACUCCCCAGAGGAGAGCAAUGAUGCAGAUGGUUACAUAGAGAAGAUUGGAAUUCCAUCAGCUUUGAUAGAGAAAUCAUUUGGUGACAGCUUGAAGGAUGCUGUGAAAAACAGUGAAGAUGUUGUGGUGAAACUUGACUGGAGAGAGUCAGUGCCCCAUCCUGAUCAAAGAGUUGAGUAUGAGUUCUGGACAAACAGCAAUGACGAAUGCGGGGCUCGCUGUGAUGAGCAAAUGAGUUUUGUGAAAAAUUUCAAGGGUCAUGCUCAGAUUCUUGAGAAAGGGGGUUACACCCUCUUCACUCCACACUAUAUAACUUGGUAUUGCCCUAAGGCUUUUGUCCUUACCGCUCAAUGCAAGUCUCAAUGCAUAAACCGGGGGAGAUACUGUGCACCAGAUCCGGAGAAAGAUUUUGGAGAAGGAUACCAAGGGAAGGAUGUGGUAUUUGAGAACUUGAGGCAGCUUUGUGUGCAUAGAGUUGCCAAGGAGAGAAACCGGUCAUGGGUCUGGUGGGAUUAUGUGACAGACUUCCAUAUCAGAUGUUCCAUGAAAGAAAAGCGUUACAGUAAAGAAUGCGCUGAGGAUGUCAUGAAAUCACUUGAUUUGCCUAUUGACAAGAUUAAAAAAUGCAUGGGCAAUCCUGAAGAUGAUGUGGAGAAUGAAGUGCUUAAAGCUGAACAAGAAAUCCAGGUUGGUCGAGGAUCUCGUGGUGAUGUUACCAUCUUGCCAACGUUGGUGAUUAACAAUGUUCAAUAUCGAGGAAAACUAGAACGAACUGGUGUCCUAAAGGCACUAUGCGCUGGAUUCAAGGAGACAACUGAACCUCAAAUUUGUUUGAACGGAGAUCUUGAAACAAAUGAGUGUCUAGAGAGGAAUGGUGGCUGUUGGCUGGACAACCGGAGUAAUUUAACUGCUUGCAAGGACACUUUUAGGGGAAGAGUUUGUGAGUGCCCUGUAGUGGAUGGUGUUCAAUAUAAAGGCGAUGGUUAUACAUCUUGUGCUGCUUUUGGACCAGCAAGGUGCGCGAUAGACAAUGGAGGUUGCUGGUCAGAAUCUAGAAAUGGAUUAACUGUAUCUGCUUGCUCAAAUUCCGAGUUAUCUGGCUGCAAGUGUCCACAAGGAUUUAAAGGGGAUGGCCAUCAUUGCGAAGAUAUCGAUGAAUGCAAGGAACGUACUGCUUGUCAGUGUGAUGGCUGCAGCUGUAAGAACACUUGGGGUGGAUACAACUGCAAAUGUAAGGGAGGACAUCUUUAUAUAAAGGAGCAAGAUACUUGUAUUGAGAGACAAGGAUCGAGAUUUGCAUGGUUCAUAACUUUCAUGGUUCUUGCGGCUGUGGCUGGAGUUGGCUUGGCUGGUUACAUAUUCUACAAAUACAGGCUUCGAUCUUACAUGGACUCGGAGAUCAUGGCUAUCAUGUCACAAUACAUGCCUCUAGACGGUCAACAGGCCAAUCAAGUCCAUACUGCCGAGGUAGAACCUCUGCGACAUGGCUCAGUAUAAG